ACAUUUGUCAGCUGACCCAACGACGACGACUUGUCUUGUAUUUUGUGCUGCGUGUGUGCAACAAUUUUUUUUCAAGUGAAUUUAUUAUUGGAAAAUCAGUUAAAAACUAAAAAGAAAUGUCAGGCAAAGACAGGCUACCGAUUUUCCCUUCUCGUGGUGCACAGAUGUUGAUGAAGUCACGUCUGGCGGGCGCACAAAAGGGUCAUGGUUUGCUCAAGAAGAAGGCUGAUGCGCUGCAAAUGCGUUUCCGUAUGAUUUUGGGUAAAAUUAUUGAGACCAAAACUCUUAUGGGCGACGUUAUGAAGGAGGCUGCAUUCUCUCUUGCCGAAGCCAAAUUCACUACUGGUGACUUCAAUCAGGUGGUUUUACAGAAUGUGACCAAGGCACAAAUCAAGAUCCGCACAAAGAAAGAUAACGUUGCUGGUGUUACGUUGCCCGUAUUCGAAUCCUAUCAAGAUGGUGCAGAUACAUAUGAACUAGCUGGUCUCGCGCGUGGUGGUCAACAAUUGGCCAAAUUAAAAAAGAACUACCAAAGCGCAGUAAAGCUAUUAGUCGAGCUAGCAUCGCUGCAGACAUCGUUCGUUACAUUGGAUGAGGUUAUUAAAAUCACAAACAGAAGAGUUAAUGCUAUUGAGCAUGUCAUCAUUCCACGUAUCGACCGUACACUCGCUUACAUCAUCUCCGAAUUGGAUGAGCUGGAGCGUGAGGAAUUCUAUCGUUUGAAGAAGAUCCAAGACAAGAAACGUAUUGCGCGUAAGAAGGCCGAAGCGAUUAAAGCAGAACUACUGCAACAGGGCAUCGAUGUGCGUCAACAGGCCAAUAUAUUGGAUGAAGGCGAUGAUGAUGUACUCUUCUAAGCCACAUUCAUCUAUGUAUAUGCAUACACUUAUAUAGCAAAGGAAAAGUUUAAAGAAAAAUCAAAUCAUAAUAUUUUGGCGUUCCCCUGCAAUAUUUAGGGUGUAUAUAUUUGCUAUUUUGUUUAAUGUUUUCGAAAACUACUACUAAUUACUUAGCCAAAGCGUAAACAAAGUAAAAUAAAUUAAAUGUUACAUUUUCAACAGUAUUCAGAACUUCAUAAAAGGGCAAACAGUUUUUUUUCAUCACCCUACACAUACAUAUUAAAAAAGAACAAAAAUGAACCUAUGCGUGCACAGGAAAACAACAGCAAACCGAAAGAAGUGAGCAUAAGUGUAUAUAAUUCCAUGUGUUUGAUAUUCAACCGCUAUUCUAUACUGUUAAAAUCGUUGAUUCAUAUUGUACUAAAUUUGAUGUUUUGUGUAAUUUACCUGUAAUUAGUUGUGAUUCUUUUAAUUUCUAUAAUUUAAUUAAACAAAAUAUAUAUAAAAAGCGUGUUAAUGCGUUAAAAAUGCAAUAAAUAUAUCUCUCAAAAAGUGUAAGCUUGUAAAAAUGUGCAAAAUGUUUACACAGUGUAAUAAACAAGUUGCAAUAACUGCAUUAUAAAUUAUGUAAA